AUGCAACCCAUGUAUACGAAUCCAGUCUCCUUGGGAUCAUGGAGGGCUGCUGCUUGGCGGAUCGUGAUUGUGUUUAGUAUACGAAUAGGCAGGCACAUCAGAUGGAAACCACGACAGUAUGAUUCUACCCUCCAGGUCACUUUGGCGAAAUAUUCCUUCUACGCUCAAUUCUUUAAUUCCUCUCAGCUGGGCGCAAUAUUCUUAGAAUUCUCACUGGCGCAUGCGCGUUAUACUUACGAGCGCGAGACCAUGGCGUUGUGGGCCGACCUGCAGCUAUGGGCGAAGCUGAGUCUAUCUAUCGAUAUCAUUGUCGCCUAUUGUGUCUCCGCAUGCCGCAGAUGGAAAGAACACAGGCUUGAGAGACGUCAACAGGAGGAAGAAGCCGACUUAUACCCUAUGUUGAAGUCAGAUGACAUCCCCUUUGGUGCCUGGGCACUGCAGAGCGACGUCAAAGUCCCAGACAUCUGGAUCUCUAGACAAGAAACUCCGUGCCCUAGUCCCUGCUCCAGUUCCCUUCCUCCUGAGACACCCACAAUCGGGAGCCGAUCGCCCACGCUGUACAGUGAAGCACUUUCGACUCCCCCCAGUGCUGGACCUGUUCCCAUCAACGUUCGCCCCUCCAACCGCUCAUCCUCGUUGUCACAUGAUGACCUUGCGCCCUCUCAUAUCUCCAUGCCAUUAUAUUCUCCUCCUCUAUAUUCUCAUCUUCCCACCGCUACAUCUCAUAACGGUACUGUUGCAAUAAACAUGUACAGAUAUGAGCCUUACCGACCGGGAAGGAUUCAUGCACCUGCAAAUAUAGCGAGCGCUCCAGUUACACCCAGCACAUUCAAUCAUCGAAGCGAAAAUUUUGCCAGCCACGAAAAGCGGGCUAGUUUCCACAACCGAGUCUUGCGUGCGAGCCAGUUGUUUGAUUCCAGACGGACCAGGUCAGGAACAAGCGACCAAGACAGGAUGGAUCUGGGGUCGCUUAACGAAGAAUAUGAUCCUCGUCUAGAAGCCGAGCAGAACCUGGCUCCGCGUAUCCGCAAAACUAUUCGGAGCCGAUCGUCCGAGGACUUCAGACGCAAGAUGAGCCAAAUAUUCAACGACAGAAUUCACAUGAACACGCCCUCAGAGAGACUCGAGUUCGACCCCACGUUACGAGAGACCGGCAAACACAGAUUUCGAUCGUCGAUUGUAUCGCAUUUUCAGUCAGGAGACUGUUGA